CAGUUCAUUUCAAAAUACCCGAGUACAUCACUCAACUGGAAAAUUUAAGAUGUCUUCGAUUAUUUUUGAAGAAACAAUUGGAGUUCAUAAGAAGUAGGUGCCUGCCAAUUCAUCAUGCCCCAUACUGGCAUCCUUGGAAGUUGGGAGGACCCAGAAUGUGGAGUUCAGAGAACCACGAACUGCUGAUUUGCCGUGAAGCGACUGUAUAUUUGGACACCUGGGGCUUGACCAGUGAAAGAAAAUGGCUCAAAUACUUGUGUAGAGACUCAUGGAAGUGACAGGCCGGAGCUGAAUUUAUUUUUACAUGGUUGUCAGUUCACCCAACAAGAUGGAUACUUUUACUAACAUCCUUCCACUUGGUGGAGAUAGUGGGCCCGCUUCUUCCCAAUUGGAGUUCCAAAAAAUGUUAAUUGAUGAGCGAAUGAGAUGUGAACAUCACAAAGCUAAUUACCAAACUUUGAAAGCUGAACACACAAGGUUACAGGAUGAAUAUACAAAAUCACAGAAUGAACUCAAACGAUUGUUAAAUGAAAAGCAAACUCUCCAGGAAAAAUUUCAGUUUCUUCUUGCUGAAGUAAGAGGUGAAUUGCUAGAUAAAACUAAAGAUCUGGAAGAACUGAAAAUGCAGGUCUUAACACCACAAAAAUUGGAAUUACUGAAAGCACAAAUACAACAGGAAUCAGAAGCCCUUAUGAGGGAACGUUUUCAAAAUCUAGAUGAAGAAGUUGAAAAGUAUAGAGCUGAAUACAACAAGCUUCGUUAUGAGCAUACUUUACUCAAAUCCGAAUUUGAACAUCAAAAAGAGGAGCAUGCACACAUUUUAGAAGAGAAAAAAAUAAAAUAUGAAUCUGAGAUUGCAAGACUGGAUAGAGAUAAAGAAGAAUUGCAUAAUCAACUACUUAGUGUUGAUCCCAUAAGAGAGAGCAAACGAAUAGAGAAACUUCUAAGAGAAAAGGCCCAAUUAUACCAGAAAUUGAGAGGUUUGGAUGCUGAAGUAGCAGAAUUGAGGGCUGAAAGAGAGAAUUCUGGUGCUCAACUAGAAAACGUCCAGAGACUACAGGUGCGGCAGAUGACUGAGAUGCAGGCUACAAUCAGAUCCCUGGAGGCUGAAAAGCAAUCAGCUAAGCAACAUUCUGAUCACAUGGAAAAAGAGUUACAGUCAACUAAUGAACAAAAUACCCUCCUAAUCAGUAAACUGCACAAAGCAGAGCGAGAAAUUAAUGAAUGGAAUAGAAAAGUAGAAGAACUUAAGCAUUCCAGCAAAUUGGAAAUAACAGAUAUUAAACUAGAAGCAGCAAGAGCUAAGAGUGAGAUAGAAAGAGAAAGGAACAAGAUUCAAAGCCAGAUGGAUGUAUUACAGUCAGACAGUGAAAUUCUCAAGUCAGCUGUUGAACGUCAAAAAAUACUUUUAGUAGAAAAAGACCGUGAAUUAAUACGUAAAGUUCAAGCUGCCAAAGAAGAUGGUUUUCAGAAACUUGCAGCACUGCACGAUGAAAAGAUAGAACUUGAGAACAAAUUAGCAGAUUUAGAGAAAACGAAAGUGGAACAAGAUGUCUGGAGGCAAUCUGAAAAAGAUCAGUGUGAAGAGAAAUUGCGUGCAUCACAGAUGGCAGAAGAAUCGGCCAGAAGGGAACUUCAGAGUAUUAGGUUGAAACUUCAACAGCAGAGUAUUUACACUGAGAAUAUAGAAAAAGAGAAAACUGAAAAUUCUGAUCUUAAGCAGCAAAUUAAUGAUUUACAUCUACAAGUGACCUCCCUUACUCAGUCACAGAGUGAUUUGCUAAAUUCUAAUCAAAUGCUGAAGGAAAUGGUGGAAAGAUUAAAACAAGAAUGCCGAAAUGCAAGAAGCCAAGCUGAGAAGGCCCAGCUAGAUGCAGAAAAGAUUUUGGAAGAAAAACAGAUAGUUUGGUUGGAAGAAAAACACAAGUUUCAUGAACGUGUUACUGAGAGAGAAGAAAAAUACAAGCACAUCAAAGAGAAACUGCAGCGAGCGGCAAUUGCACAAAAGAAGAGAAAAUCCCUGCAUGAAAACAAAUUGAAGAGACUGCAGGAGAAAGUAGAGCUAUUGGAGGCAAAGAAAGAAGAAUUAGAGACUGAAAACCAGGUGUUAAACAGACAGAAUGUACCCUAUGAAGACUAUACCAGACUUCAGAAACGACUGAAGGAUAUACAGCGAAGACACAAUGAGUUUCGGACUUUAAUUCUGUUUCCAAACAUGCCAUCUGCAACAUCUCACAACCCUGUUAGUUUUCUCUCCUCAUCAUCCUUGGUUCCUGGUGUGGAAACAUCCUUUCCUCCUCAUCUUCAGGAAGAGCAACAUCAAAAGGAACUUUCUCUUCUUCGCAAACGAUUGGAAGAUUUAGAAACCACACAAAGGAAGCAACUACAGGAACUUGGACCUCCUGGAGAAUGAGACAAACUAGGAUAAGCAGAAAAAAAGAUGUGGAGAAAUGGCCAAUUUUAUCACAGUUGUAAAAAUGCUCAUGUAUAUUAAUGACUCAAAGCAAAAACAACAGAGCACUUAUUUCAGAGGUAACAUGACAAGGCUAUUAACUAAUACUUUUGAGAUUUAAAAAUCAGGAUUUAAAAUACUGUUUGCCCUAUUGCGUUUUACCUUCAUAGAUUCUUAAUCUUGAUGGCAUGACUAGUUGUAUUUAUCAUUGUCACUUCCUGAUAUAUUAAUUUUUGAAGAAAGGUGGCACUUUAGAGCUCAGCAUGCUAAAAAGAGUGUUUUGGUUAUGAAUGUUUGCUUUUUUAAAAAAGUUGAUUGCACAUAAAUUUAUUGAAGGUUUAAUAAAUAUUUUUUUAAUCCA